AAUACUUCCCCCCUUCAAUGGUGUUUUCGUAAAUACUCCCCAACUCCAACCCCAUUUCCUAAACCCUACUCAUUUUUUACCUCUAUCCUUCUCUCACUUUCUCUCCCCGCACAAAACCACACUUUCUCUCUUCUCAUUCACCCCUUUCUCUCUCUAGAAUCCAAAAUACCACCCCCGGUUUUCCGAUCAGGAAAGUGGUUUUCCGGCCACUGGUAAAAUGACGGGAACAAGGAUGCCGACAUGGAGAGAAAGAGAAAAUAAUAAGAAGAGAGAAAGACGACGUCGUGCGAUUGCUGCUAAGAUCUACUCAGGCCUUCGUAUGUACGGUAAUUAUAAACUCCCUAAACAUUGUGAUAAUAAUGAAGUUCUUAAAGCUCUUGCGAGAGAAGCUGGUUGGGUUGUCGAAGAAGACGGUACUACUUAUCGCAAGGGAUGCAGACCCUUGGAGUCCAUGGAUAUUAUUGGUGGCUCUGCAUCAGUAAGUCCAUGCUCAUCAUACCCAGUCAGUCCUCGAGCUGGUGCAUCCUAUAACCCAAGUCCUGCUUCCUCCUCUUUCCCGAGUCCUGCUCGUUCAUACUUUUCUCCUAAUGCCAAUGGCACUGCUGAUCCUAAUUCCCUCAUUCCAUGGCUGAAAAACCUGUCUUCGUCUGGCUCUUCAUCUGCAUCUCCAAAGCUUCCUUAUUUGUAUGGCCCUGGAGGCUCAAUAAGUGCCCCUGUGACACCUCCAUUGAGCUCACCGACCUGCAGAACUCCUAGAACCAAGACUAACGACUGGGAUGAUAAUAAUGUUGCCCCACCAUGGGCCAAUCCACAGAAUUACUCUUUACCUUCUUCGACACCACAUAGCCCUGGCCGCCAAAGCUUUCCUGAACCUGGUUGGCUUGCAAAUAUCCAAAUUCCAAAUGGUGCGCCCACAUCUCCAACAUUUAGUCUUGUAUCCUCCAACCCAUUUGUCUCAAGAGAUAUGGUGAUGGCUGCAGACGGGGGUUCAAGGAUGUGGACCCCAGGUCAGAGUGGGACGUGCUCACCUAUUGUUGCUACUGGCUCUGAUCGUACAGCAGAUGUUCCUAUGCCAGACGGAAUGGCAGCUGAGUUUGCAUUCGGUAAUGGAAUGACAGGAGGCUUGGUUAAGGCUUGGGAAGGAGAGAUCAUUCAUGAAGACUGUGUACCUGAUGAUCUUGAACUCACUCUUGGAAGCUCAAGAACAAGGUGAUCACAUUGUACAAACAGACUAGUUCUGCGACAUAUUUAGAGUCAGGAGGUCAUCUGCUUCCGCGUUCCCUGUCCAAGAGUGCCUAAAAUUUGUCCCCUGUGUUCAGUUGGUUGCAUUUUCUGGGAUGACAAAUGAUUUGGUUUACUGGAAAAAAGCCGGAAUUUCUCCCUGCUACCUUGAGGAGAAGAUGAGCAGGGUGAACAUGGAUAGUUUUGUAAUGCGGGUGGUUUUAAUUCGUUUAUUUUUCCUUUUUAGACCUGGUUUAUUUUCCAAAAUUUGGGGAAAAAGGGAAAAGAAAAAAAAUCACAAUACCUAUAGGCUAUACAGCAUUAUAAAUUUUGAUUUGUUUGAAGACUGGAUUUGUGAUUUAUAAGCUAUUAAUACCAGAUUAGAGAUUGGUUUGUGUAGUCCUGAA